UUCAAUUGACAAAUGCUGUGACAGUAAUAUUCUACAAUUUGCGUCAUUCGUUGUUUGAGACUCGUGUAUAAACAUGAUAAUAUUUUGUUAUUUCUAAGCCAGUUAAGCAAUAAAGUGAUAUAAGUUAAGUGUGUGUAAGGCAGCCAUGCCUUCUAUCGAUGUGUUGCCUCCUCCGGGGCCGCCGAUGGAGAUGCCAUUGGAAGAGCCCCAAGCUCCGCCACCACCUGUAAUUGGCAUCAUUUAUCCUCCACCAGAAGUGAGGAAUAUUGUUGACAAGACUGCAAGUUUCGUGGCUAGAAAUGGACCUGAAUUUGAAGCCCGUAUCAGGCAGAAUGAACUUGGGAACCCUAAGUUCAACUUCCUCAACUCCGGAGAUCCCUAUCAUGCAUACUAUCAGCACAAGGUCAAGGAGAUCAGGGAAGGAAAAGCUCCUGACCUGGCUGCCUUGGUGCCCAUGGGAGCUCCCACUAUGAUCCAACGUCCGGGGUUGGCGCUAGCCACCGCGCUGCGCCAACAGGAGCUGCUGAAGGCCGCCGCCCCGGCCGAGCCGCCGCCGCCGCGCGACCCUCCGCCAGACUUUGAGUUUAUUGCCGACCCACCCUCUAUAUCAGCUUUAGAGCUCGACAUCGUCAAGCUAACUGCUCAAUUUGUGGCUAGAAAUGGACGUCAGUUCCUCACAGACCUCAUGAAAAAAGAAGAGCGUAACCAUCAAUUUGACUUUCUGCGACCACAGCACUCACUUUUCCAAUACUUUACACGUCUCCUUGAACAGUACACGAAAGUACUGUUACCACCAAAGGAGUUGGUAUCUAAACUUGCAGCUGAAGUUCGUAGCGGAGUGUUAGAGCAGGCGCGGAGCAGAGCCGCCUGGCACUCACACCAAGCGCGACGCAAAGCUGCCGACGAAGCCAAAAUUGAGAAAGAGCGGUUAGCUUACGCGUCCAUUGACUGGCACGACUUCGUAGUAGUCGAGACUGUCGACUACCCUGCCGGUGAGCCUGGUGACUUCCCGCCUCCUACGACCCCGCUUGAAGUCGGUGCCCGAGUGUUGGCGCAAGAACGUGGGGAGGACAUCACACACGGCAACGAAGACGACGACACAGAAAUGCAGCUUGAAUCAGAGUCCGAGUCUGAGUCUGACGGGGACCUGGCCGAGAUGGAGGACCGCACGCAGCAGCAACAGCGGCCAGACGAUAACCGCGUGCAAGAUAUGGAGGAAGAUAGCUCCUCUUCCGACGAUGAAGGUCCUUCGGAUUCUGGGCCGCGCGCUCCGGGAGACGAGGCACCGCUGCCGCCGCGGCCUGACCGCGUGGUCGUCAAGAAGUACGAUCCGAAGCGUGCGCGGCCGCAGCCCACACCCGCCUCGGAGGAGUGGCUAGUGUCGCCCAUCACGGGAGAGAAGAUCCCCGCCAACAAGGUGGCCGACCACGUGCGCAUCGGGCUGCUGGACCCGCGCUGGCUGGAGCAGCGGGACCGCGCCGCCGCAGAGAGGACCGACCGGGACGAGGCGCUCGCGCCCGGAGCCGCCAUCGAGGCCUCGCUUAAACAGCUCGCGGAACGUCGUACGGAUAUCUUCGGUGUGGGUGACGAGGAGACGGCCAUCGGUAAGAAGAUCGGCGAGGAGGAGCGGCGCCGCGACGACCGCGUCACGUGGGACGGGCACACCUCUAGCGUGGAGGCCGCCACUAGAGCUGCUCGUGCGCACAUCACGCUCGAGGACCAGAUACAGCAGAUACACAAGGUCAAGGGUCUGCUUCCUGACGAAGAGAAAGAAAAGAUCGGUCCCAAGCCGGUGGGCGGCGGCGGGGCGGGCCGCGCAGUCGGGGCGCGCAUGGCUCCGGCCGCGCCCCCGCGCCCUCCCGCGCCCCCCGCGCCCGCGCCCCCGGCCCCGGCGCCUGUACUGCUGCAGCCGCUGCCGUCGCUCAUGGUGUUGCCGCCCAUGGCGCCGCGCCCGCCGCUCAUCCCCACACCAGUGGGUGCCGUCGCCGCUGUAGGACCUGUUGGUACUGUCGGCGCGGUCCCGGCGGGCGGCUUCCCGUUCCCGGAGGAGGAGGAGGCGCCGGCCGCCAAGCGCGCGCGCACGGAGGACGCGCUCGAGCACGAGCACGCCUGGCUCGCGCGCCAUCCCGCGCCAGUGCCGCUGCAGAUCGCGCUCCCGUCGCUCCCGGAGCGCACGGAGUGGCGUCUGGACGGUCGCGCGCUGCCGCUGAGCGUGUCGCUGGCGACCUCCGUGGCCGAGCUCAAGAACAUCCUGCAGCGGUCCACCAACAUGCCCACUGCCAAGCAGAAGCUGCACUACGAGGGCUUGUUCUUCAAGGAUACGAACUCUCUAGCGUACUACAACGUGCCCCCGGGCGCGGUCAUACACCUACAGGUCAAGGAGAGAGGAGGACGCAAGAAAUAACACCUACCCACAUAAGCCCACUGCUUCAGGGUGCCCAAAUAGCUAUCUAUACGUUUGUUGCCAGCUUAAAAAAGCUCUUGGUAGUUUAUGGUGUAAUGAAGUUUAAGAACGUUUUCGUGACAUGAAUAAAGAUAUCUAUGACACAA